AUGCUGGUACAGACAGCUUGUAUUCUAGCUAAUCAAAUCAUUGUUGGUCGACUCACAGGAGUAUUUGCUAUUAGAUCAUUUGGUGAUAAUUGUGGUGAUCUACACUACAAUUUUACAUCUCCAAUAAACAACAGUAAUACAUAUUCUCAAGACAUCGAUCAUAAUAUAUUCAAGAAUUCUCUGUUGCAUAAACUGCGCGAUAAUGCUCCUCUACUUUCAUCAUCACGUUUACCUACAUCAUCGCCUUCAUUUCGAGAAGAAGUUUUGUCUUUAAUUCGCUGGUUAUUCAUUGCCGGCAUCGUCGAAUAUCUAUCUGACUUCAUUAAAAAUUUUCUUUGGAGCAUUAGUAUGAAACGGCAGAUAUAUCGUAUGAGUGUUUCUCUAUUUCGAUCACUUGUUCAACGCAAACACUUCACCAUUCGUAAAUUAUUAAAUCCAACAAGUCCACGAAAUAAAAAAAAUUUUAUUGGUCCAUUUUUUCAAUCAUUUGCAGAAGCCCGAGGUGCAGCAGCAGCAGUCUUUCGACUUAUUGACGAGGAAAGUGACCGAAGUAUCAAUGAAGCAGAUGUAUGGAAAGAUGAUACACAAUCGAUUUAUAAUAUCAAUGGUGAUAUUGAAUUUGACAAUGUCAACUUUAUUUAUCCAUCUCGAAAAGAAGCACCAAUUCUACGUAAUCUCUCUCUCAUUGCUCGUGCUGGUCAGACAACAGCUCUUGUAGGUUCAAGUGGAUGUGGAAAAAGUACAUGUAUGUCAUUAUUUCUUCGUUUCUAUGAACCUUCAUCGGGUCAAAUAACGAUCAAUGGUCAACCGAUAACAGACUAUAAUGUCAAACAUCUUCGAGAAAACGUUGGAGUUGUUAGUCAAGAACCUAUUUUGUUUGAUAUGACUAUUUAUGAAAAUAUUCGUUUUGGCAGAGUAAAGGCAACACGAGAAGAAAUUGAACAAGCAGCACGAGAAGCAAAUGCACAUAAUUUCAUCAUGCAAUUACCAGAUAAAUAUGAAACACCUGUUGGUGAGCGUGGUGUACAGUUGAGUGGUGGUGAAAAGCAACGUAUUGCAUUGGCUCGUGCUCUUGUCAAACAGCCUACAUUUCUUUUAUUGGAUGAAGCAACAAGUGCACUUGAUAAUGUUAGCGAAAAAAUUGUUCAAGAAGCACUCGAUCGAGCAUGCAAUGGUCGCACAACUAUUGUAAUUGCUCAUCGCUUAACUACAAUUCAAAAUGCUCAUCAAAUAUAUGUGUUAGAUAAAGGAAGUGUAGUUGAACAAGGUACACAUGAAGCAUUGAUGGCAAUAGAAGGAGGUAAAUAUCAACUAAUGGUCAAACGUCAACAAAUGGAAAAAAUCUAUGAUGAUCAAGAUGAUAUGAUGAGCAUUCAAAAAGCAACAGAAGAAGAUGAAAAUUCAAUACCAGGAUCAAAAUUGACACAACGUAUUCGUUCGAAAGCUUUUGCAUGUCUUCUUCGUCAAGAAGUUGCUUAUUUCGAUCGACGUGAAAAUAGUUCCGGUGCCAUUUGUACUCGUCUUUCUUCUGAUGCAUCAGCAAUUCAAGAGAUGACUGGUACACGAUUAGGUGUUAUCUUGGAAGUUCUGUCUCUGUCAUUUUUUGGAAUACUCUUUGGAUGUUUCAUAAGUUGGCAAUUAACAUUGAUCAUUUUUGGUUCUCUGUUUAUCCUAUGCUUAGUCGCCUAUGGCGAAGUAUGCUUACGUCUAUGGCGAAAUCAGCAAUUUGAUCGCAUGAUCUAUCGAGCAAGCACACUUGCUGUUGAAGUUAUUCACAAUAUGCGUACAAUAAAACAGUUGUCAAUAGAAAAGGAAGUAUUACGACAAUAUUCUGAACUUGCUCGUCAAUUAUUUAUAUCUGGCCGUAUUGGUGCAUCUAUCUCAGCUGCUGAAGCAUUUUUUGAUUUAUUUGAUCGAAAACCAGCUAUAGACAAUACAUCUACUGAGGGACAAAAAAUAGUUGAUUUUCGUGGAGAAAUCAAAUUUGAUCAAGUCAAAUUCAUUUAUCCAACUCGACCAACAUCUGUUGUUCUUAACAAAUUUCAAUUGAAUAUCAAUCCAAGUAAACAUGUGGCUCUUGUUGGCGGAUCCGGUUGUGGAAAAUCAACAAUUAUUCAACUUUUGGAACGAUUCUAUGAUGUUACAAGUGGUAAUAUACUUCUUGAUGGUAUUGAUAUUCGACAACUAAAUCUACAAUGGGUUCGUUCUCAUUUUGGUCUUGUUAGUCAAGAACCAGUUUUAUUCGAUUUAACAAUUGCUGAAAAUAUAGCAUAUGGCUUAGAAAAUAUUCCAAUGGAAGACAUUAUCGAUGCAGCAACUAGAGCUAAUGUUCAUGAAUUUAUUGAACAGUUACCUCAGGGCUAUGAAACAAAAGUAGGAUUGAAAGGUAGUUUUUUGUCAGGUGGUGAGAAACAACGUAUUGCUAUUGCUCGAGUUCUUCUUCGUCGACCUAAAGUAUUGCUCUUGGAUGAAGCUACAAGUGCCAUGGAUUCACAUAAUGAACAAAUUGUACAAGAAGCUCUUGAACAAGCUCAAACGGAAGAUCCUAGUCGAACAUCACUCAUUAUUGCUCAUCGUCUUUCAACUAUUCGUACAUGUGAUUUGAUUUGUGUAGUUGAUAGAGGACAUAUAGUGGAAAGUGGUACUCAUACAGAGUUAACACAAAGACGUGGAGCUUAUUAUAAAAUGCUUGCUCAAGACAAUUUACAAUGA